CUGUCAUCCACACAUGUGCUGUCCUUCAUUUAACCAUCUGAGAGCAUGGCGAAAGGGUAUGGAAGAGAGAGCAGCCCUGAGGCUUCAGAGAACAAUGGAAAGAAGAAAAAGAAAAAUAAGGACCUAAACGAGCUGAAAAAAGAGGUGGCUUUGGAUGACCAUAAGAUAUCUCUGGAAGAGUUGUCAGCUCGCUAUAAAGUGGACCUGUAUAAAGGUUUGACCAAUAACAAGGCAGCAGAGAUCCUGGCACGGGAUGGCCCAAAUGUUCUGACCCCACCCCCCACCACCCCAGAAUGGGUGAAGUUCUGUAAGCAGUUGUUUGGAGGCUUCUCUAUCCUGCUGUGGAUUGGAGCCGUCCUCUGCUUCCUUGCUUACAGCAUCCAGGCUGUGACUGAGGAUGAACCAGCCAAUGACAAUUUGUAUCUGGGAGUAGUUCUGGCUGCUGUGGUCAUCAUCACUGGCUGCUUCUCCUAUUACCAAGAGGCCAAGAGCUCACGCAUCAUGGACUCCUUCAAGAACAUGGUGCCACAGCAAGCCAUGGUGAUCCGUGAGGGUGAGAAGAGGCAAAUCAAUGCAGAGGAGGUGGUUCUGGGAGAUCUGGUGGAGAUAAAGGGAGGAGACCGCAUCCCAGCUGACCUGCGCAUCAUCUCCUCCAGCGGGUGCAAGGUGGACAACUCCUCUCUGACUGGGGAGUCUGAACCUCAAACCCGCUCUCCAGACUUUACCCAUGAAAACCCUCUUGAGACCAGAAACAUCAGCUUCUUCUCCACUAACUGCGUGGAGGGUACGGCUCGCGGCAUCGUGAUUGCAACGGGUGAUCAUACUGUUAUGGGCCGUAUAGCGACUCUGGCCUCGGGGCUGGAGGUUGGUCAGACUCCCAUUAACAUCGAGAUCGAACACUUCAUCCACAUCAUCACCGGUGUGGCUGUCUUCCUGGGAGUUUCUUUCUUUGUCCUCUCCCUCAUCCUCGGAUACACCUGGCUCGAGGGCGUCAUCUUCCUCAUCGGCAUCAUUGUCGCCAAUGUCCCUGAAGGGCUCCUGGCUACAGUCACGGUGUGCCUGACACUAACAGCAAAGCGUAUGGCUCGUAAAAACUGUUUGGUGAAGAAUCUGGAGGCUGUAGAGACUCUGGGCUCCACCUCCACAAUCUGUUCCGAUAAAACUGGCACUCUGACGCAGAACCGCAUGACCGUGGCCCACAUGUGGUUCGACAACCAGAUCCAUGAAGCUGACACCACAGAGGACCAGUCAGGUUUUGGGAGUUUUGAUAAGAGCUCUCCGACCUGGGCUGCUCUGUCACGGGUUGCAGGACUCUGUAACCGUGCUGUCUUCAAACCAGGACAAGAGCAUAUCCCUAUUCUCAAGAGGGACACAGCAGGAGAUGCUUCAGAGUCAGCUCUGCUGAAGUGUAUCGAGCUCUCCUGUGGUUGUGUGUACACACUUAGACAGAAAAACCCCAAAGUAUGUGAGAUCCCAUUCAACUCAACCAACAAGUACCAGCUGUCUAUUCAUGUGAUUGAAGACAGUGCUACAGGGCAUCUGCUGGUCAUGAAAGGAGCUCCUGAAAGGAUUCUGGACAAGUGCAGUACCAUAAUGAUCAAUGGUGAGGAGCUUACUUUAGAUGAUGAGUGGAAAGAUGCCUUCCAGAGUGCCUACAUGGAGCUGGGUGGUCUGGGCGAGAGAGUGUUGGGAUUCUGCCACCUGUCCCUGUCUCCCUCCCAUUUCCCACGAGGCUUUGCAUUUGACUCUGAUGAUGUCAACUUCCCCAUGGAUCAGAUGUGCUUCCUUGGUCUCAUGUCCAUGAUUGACCCCCCGAGAGCUGCUGUCCCUGAUGCUGUGGGCAAAUGUCGUUCUGCUGGUAUUAAGGUGAUCAUGGUGACCGGAGAUCAUCCAAUCACUGCUAAGGCUAUCGCUAAGGGUGUCGGCAUCAUCUCUGAGGGCAAUGAGACGGUGGAGGACAUCGCAGAGAGACUCAACAUCCCUCUCAGUCAAGUCAACCCACGAGAUGCCAAGGCAUGUGUAGUCCACGGUACUGAUCUGAAGGAGAUGAGUUCUGAAUAUUUGGAUGAUCUCCUGAAGAACCACACUGAGAUAGUUUUUGCUCGUACUUCUCCACAACAGAAGCUCAUUAUAGUGGAGGGCUGCCAGAGACAGGGUGCUAUUGUAGCAGUGACAGGUGAUGGAGUAAAUGACUCGCCUGCCCUAAAGAGGGCAGAUAUUGGUGUUGCCAUGGGAAUAGCCGGAUCUGACGUCUCCAAACAGGCGGCAGACAUGAUCUUGCUGGAUGACAACUUUGCUUCCAUAGUAACAGGAGUGGAGGAGGGUCGUUUGAUCUUUGAUAACCUGAAGAAGUCUAUAGCUUACACUCUCACCAGCAACAUCCCUGAGAUCUCUCCAUUUCUGCUCUUUAUCAUCGCUAGUGUGCCUCUUCCUCUGGGCACUGUCACCAUCCUCUGCAUCGACCUGGGAACUGAUAUGGUUCCGGCAAUAUCUCUGGCUUAUGAGACAGCAGAGAGUGACAUUAUGAAGCGUCAGCCUAGAAACCCCAAAACCGAUAAACUGGUCAAUGAGAGACUCAUCAGCAUGGCAUAUGGACAGAUCGGUAUGAUCCAGGCCCUGGCAGGGUUCUUCACCUACUUUGUGAUUUUGGCGGAGAAUGGCUUCUUGCCGUACAGACUUCUGGGAAUACGUCUGGAGUGGGACGACCGCAGUGCCAAUGAUCUUGAGGAUAGCUAUGGACAGCAAUGGACCUAUGAACAGCGGAAGAUUGUGGAGUUCACCUGCCACACCUCCUUCUUUGUGAGCAUCGUGGUAGUGCAGUGGGCCGACCUCAUCAUCUGCAAAACACGCAGAAACUCCCUCUUUCAGCAGGGCAUGAGGAAUAAAAUUCUCAUCUUUGGUCUGUUUGCUGAGACGGCUCUCGCUGCCUUCCUGUCCUACUGCCCUGGAAUGGAUAUUGCUCUGCGCAUGUACCCUCUCAAGGUUUACUGGUGGUUCUGUGCCCUGCCAUAUAGCAUCCUUAUCUUCAUCUAUGAUGAAGUCCGCAAGUUCAUUCUGAGGAGAAGGCCAGGAGGUUGGGUGGAAAAAGAAACAUACUAUUGAUCAUAAAUAUACACUAACACUGAGCAUGAGUGCUUUUGUGUGGGUGUGGGUGUGUAGCGUGGGUAGUUGGGUGGGUGUGUGCAUAGGUUUGAGACAAAACCAUGUAAAUCAGUAUGUAUGUAUAAAUUGUAAUUUUAAAAAAAUCAUUAUCUUAAUUGCAAAGGUCAGAAACCAUCCUUUAGUUUGUUCAAUUUCCAGUCAAAACAGUCAUUAAACACAAGUAACUCAUUUUUUUGUGUCGGGAAAAAACAUUUAACAGAUAAUUACACAGACGCCUCAACAACUGAACAUAAUAUCUUUCAGUAUUUUUUUUUUUAAAGAAAUCUGUAGGGAUAUUUUUCACACCUCCACAGUUCAGGCUUAGAAGUUGGUUGCAUUUUCUGCUUCUUAUACACCAAAUAAGUAGACUACUAUCUCAGGUGUCCAGUUUCAGUGUUCUACAGCAAAUUUUUGUCUGUUUCCUUUCUUAGUAACAGCUCCUUGACAGGUACUGCUUUCGACUCAUAUCACUGUGUUGCCUUCUUACAGUGAAAGGAUGGACAAAAACAGCUGAGUGUUCUGCAGAUCUGAAGCAAGACUGGAGCUUAACUUUCUCCAGUCUCUCAUAGACAAAAGCUAUAUGCUGUUUAUCUGAUGGUGGCAGUUGUGGUGGUCUACCAGGUUUUGCAUGAUUGUUAGGAGUCCAUUUCCCCUAAAUCUUUUAAUCAUUUUUUGAACUCCACUUUUUGAAUCUCUUUAAAAAUGUAUAACUUGUGCUUAAUGGCAUCAUGACUGGAAGUUAAAUGAAUGAAGCAUGGUCUCUGACUUUUGAACAGUACUGUCUAUAAAAUGAGAAGUGUGCUAGGUUCUGUGAGUGCCUUAGAAUGUGUGAACGUGUUUAAGUGUUGUGUGAGUACAUUGUAUCUGAUGUGUAUGUACUGAAUGCAGUAAGCAUCAGUGAUAUAACUAGCUGUUUUAUUUUUUUAGGCCCAAAAUAUGUUGUCUGGGCCUCAUGUACAAUGUCAGAGCUGUAUGUUGUAGAUGCCUUGCUUUUGUUCUUUGUAUGUGCUCUAACACACCUAGUUCAACAAAUUGGGCUGCAAUUAUUAGACAUGAAAGUCUGUCAGUGAGAAUUUUCAUAAUUGAUGCAUUGUUCCCUUUACAAUGCCUUUUUAGCCUAAUAACUGUUUUGAAAGAUCAGCGUGACAAAUGUUUUUGACCUCAGUGACAAGACUAGCAGAUUUUGAAACUGUUUGAAGAAGCAUUCAAAAUCAUUAAUAACAAUACAGAGAUUCAUCUAUGGCAGUGCAUUAUAUUUUAUUUUAUUUUAUAUUGGGCCACGUUCACACCCGUAUUUAGCACUGUGCACUUGAUAAAACAUGACAGGCGUAAAUAGAACCCUUCUUUUGGCAUCCUGUUUAAGUCAAAAUAAUGCGUAGCCACAACAUAGUAAGGCAUGGGAACAAGAUAAUAGAGUCAUGGCCACGACUUAGUAAGGUGUGGGAAUG